CAGUGGGAAGGGGAGGAGGAAGAAAACGAAAAGGAGCAAGGAGAGGAGGAGAAAGAGGAGGAGGAGGAGGAGAAAGGCGAAGAAAAACAGACGGAGCCCGGGAGACGAGAAAGCAAGGGAGGAAGAAAGAGGCAGAAAGGGCGUGUUUAGGCGCUACGUCUCCCCUCCCCUUUCUCAGGUCCCAGCUCCGGCUCUGCGCGCUCGCUCUCAGGCUACAGCUCCCCGCGGGCGAAGCUGGGCGUCGGGUGCGAUAGCCCGGGCCGCCCCUCGGGCCGCCGCCCCGCGCCUGCCCGCGUUCCCCACCGCGCGCUCCCCACGCCCAGCCCGGAGCCUCCGCGGGGCGCCUUCCAGUCCCCUCCCCCUCCUCCUCGCGCCCUCCCCGGGGCUGCGACACCCCCGCGGCCCCGCCGCGCGGAGCUCCAGGCCAUGGGCUCGGGGCGCGUCCCCGGGCUCUGCCUGCUCCUCCUGCUGGUCCACGCGCGCGCCGCCCAGCAUGGCAAAGCUGCGCAAGAUGUAGAUGAGUGUGUGGAAGGCACGGACAAUUGCCACAUCGAUGCCAUCUGCCAGAAUACCCCACGGUCUUACAAGUGCAUCUGCAAGUCCGGCUACACGGGGGACGGGAAGCACUGCAAAGACGUGGAUGAGUGUGAACGGGAGGACAACGCAGGCUGUGUGCACGACUGUGUCAACAUCCCUGGUAAUUACCGGUGUACCUGCUACGACGGAUUUCACCUGGCACAUGACGGACACAACUGUCUGGAUGUGGAUGAGUGUGCAGAGGGCAACGGUGGCUGCCAGCAGAGCUGUGUCAACAUGAUGGGCAGCUACGAGUGCCAUUGCAGAGAUGGCUUCUUCCUCAGUGACAACCAGCACACCUGUAUCCAGCGGCCAGAAGAAGGAAUGAACUGCAUGAACAAGAACCACGGCUGUGCCCACAUUUGCCGGGAGACUCCCAAGGGGGGCAUUGCCUGUGAAUGCCGCCCUGGCUUCGAGCUCACCAAGAACCAACGGGACUGUAAAUUGACCUGCAACUAUGGUAAUGGCGGCUGCCAGCACACCUGCGAUGACACGGAGCAGGGUCCUCGGUGCGGCUGCCACGUCAAGUUUGUGCUCCACACCGACGGGAAGACAUGCAUUGGGGAAAGGCGGCCAGAGCAGCUCGGGCCCACUCAGGCCGUUUCUAAUGAAACCUGUGCUGUCAACAACGGAGGCUGCGACAGUAAGUGCCAUGAUGCAGCGACCGGAGUCCACUGCAGCUGUCCUGUGGGUUUCAUGCUGCAGCCAGACAGAAAGACCUGCAAAGAUAUAGACGAGUGCCGCUUAAACAACGGGGGCUGUGACCACAUCUGCCGCAACACAGUGGGCAGCUUCGAGUGCAGCUGCAAGAAGGGCUACAAGCUUCUCAUCAACGAAAGGAGCUGCCAGGAUAUAGAUGAGUGCUCCUUCGACCGAACCUGUGACCACAUGUGUGUCAACACCCCGGGGAGCUUCCAGUGUCUCUGUCAUCGUGGCUACCUUCUAUAUGGUGUCACUCACUGCGGGGAUGUGGACGAAUGUAGCAUCAAUAAGGGAGGCUGCCGCUUUGGCUGCAUCAACACCCCAGGCAGCUAUCAGUGUACCUGCCCAGCAGGCCAGGGCCGCCUUCACUGGAACGGGAAGGAUUGCACAGAGCCAGUGAAGUGUCAGAGCAGUCUUGGAGCCUCAAAAGCCAUGCUUAGCUGCAAUCGCUCGGGCAAGAAGGAUACUUGUGCCCUGACCUGUCCCUCCCGGGCCCGGUUCUUGCCAGAGUCAGAGAACGGUUUCACCGUGAGCUGUGGUACCCCGAGCCCUAAAGCUGCUCCAGCCCGAGUGAUCCACUCUGGGAACAGCACCGUCUCCAGCUCCUGCCAUGAGGCUGCAGUGCUGCCAGUCAAGCAGAGAGCCUCCUUCAAGAUCAAGGAUGCCAAAUGUCGCCUGCAUCUGCGAAACAAAGGCAAAGCCGAGGAGGCCAGCAGGAUCCUGGGGCCAGGUAGUGUCCCCUGCUCUGACUGCCUGGUCACUUUCAUCCACCUUAAGUGUGACUCUUCUCGGAAGGGCAAGGGCAGGCGGGCCCGGACCCCCCCAGGCAAGGAGGUUACCCGGCUCACCCUGGAAUUGGAAGCUGAGGUCAGAGCAGAAGAAACGACAGCUGGCUGUGGGCUGCCUUGCCUCCGACAGCGGAUGGAACGGAGGCUGAAAGGGUCCCUGAAGAUGCUCAGAAAGUCCAUCAACCAAGACCGGUUCCUGCUGCGUCUGGCAGGCCUUGACUAUGAGCUAGCCCACAAGCCAGGCCUGGGAGCUGGGGACCGAGCAGAGCUGGUGGAGGUCUGCCGACCUGGGCAGCACCGAGCAGGCACCAAGUGUGUCAGCUGCCCGCAGGGAACGUAUUACCACGGCCAGACGGAGCAGUGUGUGCCAUGCCCAGCGGGCACCUUCCAGGAGAGGGAAGGGCAGCUCUCCUGCGACCUUUGCCCUGGGAGUGAUGCCCAUGGGCCUCUUGGAGCCACCAACGUCACCACGUGUGCAGGUCAGUGCCCACCUGGCCACCAUUCAGGAGAUGGGUUUAAGCCCUGCCAGCCAUGCCCCCGGGGCACCUAUCAGCCUGAAGCAGGGCGAACCCUGUGCUUCCCCUGUGGCGGAGGCCUCACCACCAAGCAUGAGGGGGCAGUCUCCUUCCAGGACUGCGACACCAAAGUCCAGUGCUCCCCGGGCCACUACUAUAACACUAGCAUCCAUCGCUGUAUCCGCUGUGCUGUGGGCUCCUACCAGCCAGAUUUCCGUCAGAACUUCUGCACCCGCUGCCCAGGAAAUACAAGCACUGACUUUGAUGGCUCGACCAGUGUGGCCCAGUGCAAGAAUCGGCAGUGUGGCGGGGAGCUAGGUGAGUUCACUGGCUACAUCGAGUCUCCCAACUACCCGGGCAACUACCCGGCCGGUGUGGAGUGCGUCUGGAACAUCAACCCCCCACCCAAGCGCAAGAUCCUCAUCGUGGUCCCCGAGAUCUUCCUGCCCUCCGAGGAUGAGUGUGGGGACGUCCUGGUCAUGAGAAAGAACUCCUCCCCAUCCUCUAUCACCACUUACGAGACCUGCCAGACCUACGAGCGGCCCAUUGCCUUCACCGCCCGGUCCAGGAAACUCUGGAUCAACUUCAAGACCAGUGAGGCCAACAGCGCUCGAGGCUUCCAGAUUCCCUAUGUGACCUACGAUGAGGACUAUGAGCAGCUGGUGGAAGACAUAGUGCGUGAUGGCCGGCUGUAUGCCUCAGAAAACCACCAGGAGAUCCUAAAGGACAAGAAGCUUAUCAAGGCCUUCUUUGAGGUCCUGGCCCACCCUCAAAACUACUUCAAGUACACAGAGAAACACAAGGAGAUGCUGCCAAAAUCCUUCAUCAAGCUACUGCGCUCCAAAGUCUCCAGCUUCCUGAGGCCUUACAAAUAGUGCCUGUGGGCCCGAGACCCAGUUCAGAGCUCCCACCUCCCUGGCCCUCAGAGUUGGCACCCCAACCUCAGACAAGAAACUGUCUCUCUUGAAGGAGAGAUAUCACCACACCAGGCGCUCUCCCUUUCGGCCUUUCUAGUUACCUUGUCUUCGUUCUGUCUCUCUCCUGGAAGUCAUUCAGUGCGUCUCUGUUCCCCCCAGAGGUGAAGGAAUAGACACCCUCUAUUCCUCUGCCGUUAUAGCAUGGUGCCUUGCUAGCCAGGAGCCAAAACACCCCCUCCACAGCCCCCGUGCUCCCCAGAGUGGGUCUUCACAGCCCAGAGUCCUGCCAAAGAAGCCUUGGACAUAGCAGCUUUGUGCCAGCAUCAGGCUGCUGGGGCACAGAGUUUAAGCCCGGGGUGCCCACACAGUUGGCGUUCUCAUCUGUAGAGCUUGCUCUCAUCUGGCCGGGGCUGACUCCAUAGGGUUUACAAGUGAUCCAUACCAAUGGGAUAGCAAACCCCUGCCGGGUAAGGGCGAGGAGCAGGCAGGGGCCCUGGACAUAUAAAGCUCUCAGAUAGCUCUGCAGGACAGAAAGCGGGUUUUUAAAACAUUGCCCAAAACAGAAAGAAAGAAAAUGUGUCACCUAAAGGAACUUCCUACAGAACAAGUGGAAGCCAGCCUCAAACACUAACCCUUUUCUUGCCAGUACCCCCCGCCCCCGGCCGUGCCCUCACCCCACCUAAGGGCUCCCUGGGGGAGGCCUACCCACCCCCUGGUAAGCGCUGUCCUUAAAGAAGCUGGGCUGUUGACUUUCCAAGCCUAGACCUUGCUCCACGGGUGUUUUCCCUUGUAGCCCCAGGUGGCUUGUGGGUUCCACCAAAGAGGACCCCACUCUGCAGCCAGCCUGGAGCUACCUACCUCUAGCCUCGGGCUGUGGGCAGCAGGAGGAACAAGUGUGAGUGCCCUUGGCAAGCCGCCUGUCCACCCUCUCCACAUCUGAGAAGUGCAAUCAUUUUGAGUCUUUCUAUGUCGUCUAGAGGGAGGGGGGAUUGUUUUUUUGUUUGUUUCUUUUUCCUCUCAGAAUAACCCUAUUUAUAGCUGCCUAGGAGAGAGGGGUGUGCUGAGGCUGGAGAAACAGCAGUCUGUCUGUCGGGAGCCUUAAGUGCCGGAGCGGCUCAUAUGUCUCAGUCCUCCCUGAGGCCACACAGAACUUCAGAGCCCUCAGCAGCGCAGAGCUAGGGCUAUCCCUCAGAGGUGCCCCAAGCACAGGAGACUAGCUCUGGUAACUUGAUGAAGCAGGAGGAGGAGGCUUCCUGACUGAGCUGAUCCUGCCUGCCUUGUGUCUCUCUGUGGAUUCAUGGUAACAGAAGCAGAUGGACUUGGUCAGAAUCUUGUGCGAGUAGGGACAACCUGUCUUUCCCUAUCUUCAUGCUCUCCCCUGACACGGCAUGGGAGGGGAUCGGGAUAAACUCUAUGGAUGGCCAGCGCAGGCUCCCAAGACAGCCAGAGAGGGCUGGAGCAGCCUGGAAUUGGACAGUUCUCCGUGUAUGAAGCGGGGGAAGGACAGGAACCAGACGUGUGCCUGAGACCUGCCACCUGCCUCUUGGAGCUGACUUCAAGCCUGAUUCAACUACUGUCUUUCAAAAGAAGAAUGGUGUCUGUGCCUGAGCCCGGGCUCUGCAUAUGCUCCACCCUUAACCUAGAUGCUGCCUGUAAAGUCUCCAAUUGUUCCUUCUUGUUCCCCGAGGCUUAGUCCUGGACAUCCACCAAUGACUCCUCAGGUCCAACUUUAGGUAACUGCCAAGAGAUUCAACUAUCAAAUAGUCUGAUCCCCACACACACCAGCCAGCAGCAGGCGAAGCUCGCUUCCUGGAUGCCUUAGCCAACACGGUGGGGGUGAGGGUCGGGUGGGGUCAGAGAGCUAUUGCAAAGCUGUUGAAUGGUUUCAUGCAAGAGGGGCGAAUGGGCAUUUAGUGGGUCCCCAGAAGUGCCAUAGAACAGCCUGAGUCACGAGUCCUUUCUCCCUAACAUUUUGCCAGCUCCUGGAAAGCCACAAAGUGAGAGUGCCUCCCAAUGUAUGCCUUUAGGGCGUGGCUUCUCCGCACUCCCCCACCCCACCCCCCAACCCCCAUCUCACCAUACAUACACGGACACUUCCUCUAAUCAUUUGUUCUAUGGCUGAUGGGGCAGCACAUGAGAUCUAUCGUACGGAGAGAGUAGGCCACUAGACUUAGCUGAUAUCAAGAUGGAUGGAGGAGAUCAAGCAAGGGCUUUCUACUGCCAACCAAGUUGGCAGCAAGGAAUCCAGGCAGAGCUGUUACGAACUUACAGGGGAUAUUGGCCCUGAGCGCCUCACUCUGGGAGCUGAGUGGGCUGAAGGAGGAGUUAAGAACUCAGGGACUUUCUAGGACUGCACAGGUUAGACAAAAGAGGUUUCCAGGAGAAGGGGGGAUGGGAAGAUGGUGUGAACAGGAACCCUUCGUGAGCUGACCUAGAAGCUUCUCUGUGGGCUAUGGUGCUUACGAGGUCAUGUAACCCCGGCGCCUCAUCCAUCCCAGUGCAAGACCUGCUGUGAACUGAGUCCCAGCGUGGGAAGCCAUUUCCACAUGUGCUCCAAGCACGGAGUGACAAAUGUCAAGCAGGCCCUGAUAUCCUCAGCAGCACCUCGGUGCCUCUUUAGCCUCUGCCUCUAUUUGUGUCAUUGACCCAGCCAGUCCCCAAGCCUGAGGUAAUUAGGAGAAAGCCGACCAGAGCCUGGACGUUAGCUGCCCACCCUGUGCCUUCAGUGAUCCUUCGAGGACUGCCACUGGCCUCACUACGGUCAUUUCCAUGUGGAGGUGCCGAUGGAGAAGAUGGUACAGUCUGGGCUCUGGCUCCUAGGAGUCUCUGUGAAUCUGCGAAGUGUUCUCCAUGAGCGCGCCUGAGGUGACUUAAAUGGAUUAGGAAGUCCUAUCUCAGUGUGUAAGAGAAAGCGACAGCACAUUGAAGGGCCUGUAUCUGCUGCUGAGCUCCAGAGCAGGGGAGCAGAGGCCAAAUGUAACUGACCCCAAGCAGGACAUGGUGCCCCGCCUGGUUCCUUUCCUAAGCAGACUCCACGAAGGAACCCUUUCUGUCGGCCCUGUCUCAAAGCUGGUGCACUCUGUCUUUCCGCUAUUAUUCGGACUGAGAACCCGAAGGACCAGAGGCCCCGUUCUGCGAUCAGCUUACCAAGACUAAACAAUGGCAGCAGUAGUUUGGACAAGCUCAAAAUCUUGUUCUAUGUGAGUCGGACUUUCAGAGAGUAAUUAUCAUGUGGACGGCUUUUUUUUUCUUUUUAACGCAGAAGAAUAUCUUAAAAUACUAUAUUUAUAUCUGCCUUCCACUGCCUCUCAUACAGCAAGCAUCUCAGUUGACAAUAGGCAGCAGCAAUGUGGUACACAGAGUAUUUUGCACUUGGGGAAAAAUAUGUAUCUGAAAACUUGUAAAAAGGAAUGUUUGGAUUUUGUAUUGUCUUUUUUAUAUUAUUAAAAUACUAAAUGAAACUC